CCCCCCCGCCCAGUUCCUCUCGUCACGUGACGAGGGCACGCGCGGAGGGGGGCGUUGCGGCGAGGUGGCGCGAGCCCCUUCCCUCACGUGGCCGCGGCGUCGCACCCGGAAGCAGUGGCAGUUCGGGGGCGGCCGGAGGAGGAGGCGGAGGAGGGGGCCGCCGCCGCCGGCGGGCGGGAUGGGGGAGUCGAUCCCGCUGGGCGCGCCGGUGCCGGUGGAGCAGGCUGUGCUGGAGACCUUCUUCUCCCACCUGGGUAUCUUCUCGUACGACAAGGCCAAGGACAAUGUGGAGAAAGAGCGCGAAGCCAACAAGAGUGCGGGUGCCAGCUGGCUCGCCCUGCUGGCGGGGCUGGCGCACCUGGCCGCCGCCGAGAAGGCCUACCACAGCAUGACCUUCCUGGGCCAGAAGCUAGGUGGUCAGUCAUUCUUCAGCCGAAAGGACUCCAUCCGAACCAUCUACACAUCUCUGCAUAAUGAGCUGAAGAAGGUGGUGGCGACGGGUCGCAAUGCACUAGGAGGAACAGCUCCUCACUUGGAAGAGCUGCUUUCUCACCUGUCUGAACAGCUCUGUUUUUUCGUUCAGGCUCGGAUGGAAAUUGCUGACUUCUAUGAAAAAAUGUACACACUCAGCACCCAAAAGUUCAUUAACUCUGAGGAACUGGUAAACAUUUUGGAAUCCAUCUUAAAGAAAUACAGCUCAAGAUUUCAUCAUCCAAUCCUCAGUCCUCUUGAAAGCAGCUUCCAACUGGAAGUAGAUGUGCUUGCACAUCUCUUAAAGGCUCAGGCUCAGAUCUCAGAGUGGAAGUUCCUUCCAUCCCUGGUCAACUUGCACAGUGCUCACACAAAACUACAGACUUGGGGCCAAAUUUUUGAGAAACAGCGAGAGACCAAGAAGCAUCUGUUUGGAGGGCAGUCUCAGAAGGCUGUGCAACCUCCACACCUCUUCCUCUGGCUGAUGAAACUCAAAAACAUUCUCCUUGCCAAGUUUAGCUUUUACUUUCACGAGGCCCUCAGUCGACAAACAACAGCAUCUGAAAUGAAAACUUUGACUGCUAAAACAAAUCCUGAUUACUUUGGGAAAAUUUCCAGUUUUAUCCGGAAAUAUGAUGCUGUCAAUGUUUCCCUAAUCUUUGACAAUCGUGGAUCAGAGAGUUUUCAGGGACAUGGUUAUCAUCAUCCCCAUUCUUACAGGGAAGCCCCUAAAGGAGUGGAUCAGUACCCUGCAGUGGUGUCUCUGCCCAGUGACAGGCCUGUUAUGCACUGGCCCAAUGUAAUCAUGAUUAUGACUGAUAGAACCUCUGACCUCAACAGUUUGGAGAAGGUUGUUCACUUCUAUGAUGACAAAGUCCAAAGCACGUACUUUCUUACUCGUCCUGAACCUCAUUUUACCAUUGUAGUUAUUUUUGAGUCCAAGAAGUCAGAGAGGGACUCUCAUUUUAUUUCUUUUCUCAAUGAAAUCUCACAUUCCCUAAAGAACUCCAAAGCUUUUGCAAGCUUGAAGCCUGGAUCCAAAGGGUAGAAUACAUACUACUUACAAGUUGUCAAGGCAGUGCGCUAGCCUUGGGGGAGCUGUAGUUUUCAAGGAUUACAUAAAUUCAUGAUUCUCAGAAUCUAAUUAAAAAGGAGCCAUUAUUUUUAAUAUGUUGUAAGUUACUUUUUUUUUUUGGCUGACAAGAAACUUGAAAAAAUAAUUUUUGGGCACUGCUUGGUGGGACAACUUAAUUGUGGGGUGCUGAACAGCCACAGUGGGAUUUUUAUGUGGUUUUCAAUUUACAGUAUGAAUAACUUUCUCAGUCCAAAACUUCUUUGCCCAUACCAAAAUGGAAUAUAUGCACUUUAUCAUAGUCUACUCAUUGACUGUCUUUUACAGAGUUUAUUGAAAAUGUGAUUAGGAUGGAAGAUACUAUCUUUCAGAAAACUACACUGCUUGACAGGAUUUAUAUCUGGGAACAAUAUGCCAAUACAAGGGAAUAUUAAAACAUGCAAACCUGUAGGAACACAUUAAAAAAAAAAUACUUGCAUCACAAACACUCUUGUUAAUUAUAAUUUAGUUUUCAAAUGCUUUAAAAAUGAUAGUUGAGGUCUCUGACACUUCCUGUUAAACAAUAGUCUCUAUUAUGAGCAAGCUGUAAAGUAUAAAGCUUUGUUAUUGUUUCAAAAUAAAGAUUCAGGCAAGUAAAGCUGAAGCAUGGGUUGGAAGUACAGUAUUCAGUGUUGUGACGCACUGUGUCCACUGCUAAUCUUGGCUUAGAUUAAACUGAAGAAGGCAAGCUGAGGUUGAGCAGGUAUUUUAGAAGGAAUAGAUCGGUAGAAAAAACAGAGCUCUUUCAAAUUGUGCUUCUGUUUCUCUACUUUUUGAAAAGCAGUAGGAAAUGUGCUUUUUAAGUAAGAUAUUCUGUAACUUGUGGUUAUGGUCAACCCAAAAUUGUUUUCAGAUGUUUUUUAUACAUGUAUUUUUUUUCCUUUCUGUUCAGUUUUGAAUAAUUUCACAAUCAAGCCAAAUUACUUUCAGAAUUUGGAUUUAAAUAUUUAUCUAGCCUAUGCAAUAUAUUUAACCUGACUCUAAAGUCUCUCUCUCACCACUUGUAGACUCCAGGUUUGGAUAAAGUACAAUUUCUAGUUACUCUGAAAGCGCUCUAUUUAUGAUGGAAAUAAUUAUUGGCAAAUGUAAUACAAAGGUUAAUUUGGCUGUACUGUAGCCUUACAUCGUUUGAUUCUUCUGAGCAUUAGCUGUGCAGUUUUACAAGCAAGGGACUAAUGUGGGUCUGACACAUGAUGCGUAGACCCUUUGUUGACACCCUUUAAGGUAUAACAACAACAGAUUUAUUUUAAAAGGGAAGUUUGUAAUUUAAGUUAAAAUAUUGGUUUCUCUUCUGCUAAGACUUGAAAUAAUACCUUAACAGACAAGGCCUUUAUUGAUUCACUUCCUCCUCCACAAAAGGUUAUGGUAACUUGUCUUGCGUUGUAAUGCGAAUAUCAAUUUCUUUACAAUCAUGCAAUCAAAACAGUGAGCAUGUGGUCGCCUCAGACAUAAGCUCUGACUUCCUAUUUUGUGCCAAAUGGAACCUUACAUGAUUUGCUAUAACUGUAUGUGUGUCUGUUGUAAAUAUCUGUGCCACUUCCUUUUAUCUGAAGUCUUAAUCUGACUGCAGUAUGAUGCUUAAAACUUUAAGACUGUUCUUUACCAUUGAAAAAUAAUAGCAGUUGCAAAUACACCAGCAACUGGACAGCACCUAAUUGUAACUGUGUUACACUUGCAGCUUGUAUUGCCAUUUUAACAGGACAGGAGGUUGCUAGUGACAGUACUGAGAGAGUUUGUAUGUUUUCCCUCUUUGGGACAGUGACCUUGUAAUAACAUUGUAGUAUUGACUUCCGCAGCCUGAAUAGCAGAAAAGAGGCUGUUACCAGAACUGAUUCCCAGUCUUCAGCAGCGUAAUAAAGUGUUGCACAAAUUC